AUGUGCUUCGGUGAGAACUGCGCCCUUCAAGCGACACAAUACGUCAAUGCACAACUCGCUGUUCUUCAUGCCAAUGCUAUGUCUUGCUUCCGGGAACAUGAGAACUCUCAAAAGCCCGAGGAGCAUCUCCGGUACGGCCACGCCUUGUAUGACUUCGUGUAUGGCAAGGUAGCGAAACGGCGUCAAACCAAAGCUGGUUAUGACACAGAAUUCCAUGCACUAUUCGACAAGCCGGUCAUCGAUUUCAUAUGCAAUCACGACGCCAUACUUCGAAUCAAGAUCAAGAGCGGGCAUUAUUACAUGGACGCAUCCGACCAGGGUGGCAUGAUCAAAAAAUUGUCUGAUCAAUCAUUCGACUUCCGUGUUGGUUUCGAUGUUCGUACAGCUGCCAGCACGGAUCUUCAAAUCGGCAACGGGCCCGUGUUGAUUCGGUUAAUCACGCUGAACCUGCUCGAGGCAACUUUUUUAUCUGCGUCUCCACCGAUCGAGUACAGUGUGGACGUACUCCUUUUGUAUCUGCAGCGGUACCUCGAGUUUCUGCAAAAGGCCGGGAAUCAUGUCCUCUUCUCCCUCCCGAACUUCGAGAUCAGCCGUCUUCCUCUUACCAUCGACUACACGGCAUCUCGGCGUGACAUAGUCAUGGGCUGCACCGAACUAUAUGGUGUUCACGUUAGCAAGAUCAACGAGCAACUCAAGUUGACAUGGACGAAGGCCGCCGUUGCAACAGCAAUUGGAGUGUCAGACGGCGUCGCGACCAGUGACUGGAAGGCCAAUUCCGUGGCCGAAUACCGCGGGUCGUGGUCGAUCUACCAGUCUGACGUGCGGUUCCACCUGAAGUUCGGGCCGCCGACGGUGGAUGCAAUAUGUUCGCGCGAAGCUGUCUUGAACCUUAUGUUGGACAAGGUCUUGGUAUUCGAAGAAGUUGGUUCCGAAGGUGCACCCACCGGCGCAUUCGAUGGAUGGAGGAUCCCCAUCACGGUUGAGGUUUUCCAAGAACAGGACACUGAAACCCGCAUCAGGGUCGACUUGAGCAAGGCCAAAGUCAUCUCUCAACUCCCAGAGGGCGAAGAGGAUGGCUACGAAGAUUACAGGAUGGGAAUACUCGAUUUUGUGCGGAAGGAAUACCUUGCCGUGCUCGAGAGUGCAGGAUACCUCAUCCUCUACGACACGGGACGCGCUGCUUCUUUCGGCAGCGUGCAACUCGCGAUGACGCGCAUAGACUCCUCCGGCUUCUCUGGCUCCUUCGAGGAGUCCGCAGAGACUACACAGGCGUCCUGGACGGAUAUCAUUGCUGGCUCAGAUAUGCAGGGAUUUGACCAGGUCAUAGCAGUCUCGCAGAAGUCUAUCAACUCCCGCUUCUCUCAAAUACAUGAAGCGGCGAAGAGGAGCGAGAACCGGAUGUCCAUCUUGUCGAAGUGGUCGUACGAACAGUACUUCUCUGCAGCAUUCGAACCCCUCGCCGUCCACCUGCUCAGCAACAACCGUGCACUUCUGUGGGUUCACCUGACCGAUGGCUCUCUUCGCUCGCUUGUCGACAUGGAACCCUCCCUCGGGGAGGAUGAAUACGAGUUCGAAGACCUCCGUUUGGCAUUUGAGGUCAAGCUGGAAAUGCUAGACGAUGCGACUCUUCAAGCUACCAGCCCCGAUUGGUAUUCAAACGCCUCUGCUUCACACGCAUACAAGGCCCACGGCAACCAAGCGGACUGUGCCUUCCGGUAUCUGUGUUUUGAUACGAUAGGUGCCGAAUUUCUAUAUGAAUACUCGCAAAUUGACGAUCUGCUCCACACGACGGGCUCGGAGCUCAUUGACAAGCUGCAAGGCAUGAUCUACUACCUCCGCCAGCAUUACUUCCCUGCGCUUGUGGCCAACGGACUACAUAUCCUGUACACCACACCGAUCUGGAGCGUACCGCCCUCUACUCCUUCGUAUGCCUUGACAGACGUCACCUUCCAAGUCUACUCGAGUGUCGAGGUGACUCGCCAUAACUGGGCGCAGCUUUCGGUGUCCGUCGAACCAGUCCUUGCUAUCCUCGGCAUGACUUCUCACCGUCCCCGGCCUGGUCACAACCUAACCUUCUCUACCAACUGGGUUGCGCGUGCGGAGCGGGGCUUCUCUCACGGAACUGUCGCAAUCUCCAACAAAGAUCAGAGCAUGCUCCAUCGCCUGGCUCGUAUCAACUCCCUCACUUCUGUCAUCCCCGUUCUCGUCGCUGCUGAAAGCGCCGACGGUUGGCAGCUGCAGCUGACUACCAUAGCUGCUCGGCACGGCGCCCGCAUGUGUCCGUGGAAGGUUGAGACGAUACAGGAGAAUAGCUGCAUCAAGUACGAAUGGGAAUACUCGGUUUCGACUACGUACUCGCAUGAAGGCAGCGGGAUAACGAACGGCGCUUAUGCGGUGACCUGUUCUACUCGUAAUUACGUGGAGUUGCCAACGGUGUUCAGAAGUGGCAAGUUGGAGCUCAAAGCGUGGGGAGAGGUCACAGUUGGGAUCGACUACAAGGCCGGCUCGGUGGAGGGCAGUGCAAGCGGAGUGGCCAGAUGGCUCGCCCCCAUCAACAUUCAGACCGACCUCUUCAACGGGGUGAAGUCCGACGCACUCGAUCAGGUGCCGGUUGUCUGCGAGAAGGUCGAGUACAGGGGAAACGCCCCCGCCACCAAUUUCAUCAAUAUCCAAGCAGAGCUGCAGGCACAGCUGCCGCAAAUGAUCGACUUCAAGGAGGUCGUCCAGGGAAUGCGGCAAUACGAAGGGGCGUGGCAGACAUGCUAUCCAGGCGUUAAUGCGUACGCCCUCGCUAACCCGGUAUUCAAUCGCCAAGGAGAUCUACUCUUUGAGUUGCGUCCUCUCGGCCAAUGGAACGCUGCCCCCGCACCCCCUCGCCUCAGCAAAGCGUCGCCGCGAAGUACCAAAGACGUCCCACAGUUGCCAAUGGAUACCCAAGAGUGUGUGAGCGUGCCUAUGCCAAUGGAAUGUCGGGUAUGUCUUUUGUGA